AUGGCAAAAGAGAAGAACUACAACCCCGUGCAAGAAGCCAAGAAGGCCGAGAAGCAGAAGCAGAUCCGCAAGCAAAAGGCCAACCUCCAGACGCAGCGCAACGAGAAACUCGCGCGCCGAAACCCCAAUCGCAUACAACGCGACAUUGACAACCUCAAAGAACUGGACCAAAGCGGCGCAAUACGGCCACAUGAGCGACAGCGGCUACAGGAGUUGGAGAAGGAUCUCGCCGCGGUCAACAAGGCGCGCGCAGCACUCGGCGACAAAGCGCCCGUCUUCAAGCCAGAGCGGCAAUACAACAACGACGACAGAGGGCGGGGAGGUGACCGGGGAGGUAGAGGCGGUGGCAUUCUCGGCAAGCGAUCGCGCGAUGGACAGCGCAAAGACGACGACAGCAGCGACACAGACGAUGACGUGAAGCGCAUCCCCAUGCCACGCGACACACCACCGCCUAUACCGCGAAAAUACCUACCCCAAGACCCGCAAGACGAAGCCGCAGCGCCCGCCGAACCCAAGAAACCCACCAUCGUCUACGAAGCCGCACCCCAGGUCCGCGAUCUGCGCAAGGAGGCAACGAGAUUCAUGCCUGCGUCUGUGGCGCAGAAGGUCAAGCUGGCAAAGGGCGAGGGAAGAUUACUCGAACCUGAUGAGUUUGACAAGUUGCGGGAAGGAGGAUAUAUGAAUGAGGGGAAGAAGAAGGAUGGCACAGAAGAAGGUGCUGAGGAGAAGGUUCCACGAACGGCCGAGGAUGAAGAGCUAGAUGCUUUCUUGAGGUUGCAGAAUACGUCUGCGGGUGAUAUGGCAGAGCAAGUUGCUGAGGCUGCGGUCCAGGAAGCAGAGUACAAGAUGAUGGCUGCUGAGGCCAAGGGGCAGAUGGAGGGUAUAUCUGAUGAGGCCAAGACGGCGGAGAAUACACUCAGGCAUGUGCAGAUGGAGGAGGUGGAAGAUGAAGAUUUAUAG